UCCCGGUAGGCGGCGCGGGAGGGAGAAGAGGUUUGAGGGGCUGGGCCGAUUCCCUCCUCGCCCCAAUGUGAGCGGUCAUCGGGACCCCCGUCAGGCGAAGGCUACCCAGAGAGGUGGAUCCGGUGGCCGGGCCGGGAACAUGAGGCAGUGUCUCCUCUUCCUGACCAGCUUGGUUCCUUUCGCGCUGGCGCCGCGACCUCCGGACUACGCGGGCUUCGGCUCCCACCAGCAACUCGAGAAACUUGAUUCUUUGCUCUCAGACUAUGAUAUCCUCACUUUAUCUAAUAUCCAGCAGCACUCGUUAAGAAAAAGGGAUCUACAGGCCGCGACACACUUAGAAACCCUGCUAACUUUUUCAGCUUUGAAAAGGCAUUUUAAAUUAUACCUGACAUCAAGUACUGAACGCUUUUCACAAAAUUUCAAAGUUGUGGUGGUGGACGGUAAAGAUGAAAGCGAGUACACUGUGAAAUGGCAGGACUUCUUCAGUGGACACAUGGUUGGUGAGCCUGACUCUAGGGUUCUAGCCCACAUAGGAGAUGAUGAUGUUACGAUAAGAAUCAACACAGAUGGGGCAGAAUAUAAUAUAGAGCCACUUUGGAGAUUUAUUAAUGAUACUAAAGACAGAAGAAUGUUAGUUUAUAAAUCCGAAGAUAUCAAGAAUGUUUCACGUUUGCAGUCUCCAAAAGUGUGUGGUUAUUUAAGAGUGGAUAAUGAAGAAUUGCUUCCAAAAGGGCUAGUAGACAGAAAGCCACCUGAAGAGCUUGUUCAUCGGGUGAAGAGAAGAGCUGAUCCUAAUCCCAUGAAGAACACGUGUAAAUUAUUGGUGGUAGCAGAUCAUCGCUUUUACAAAUACAUGGGCAGAGGGGAAGAGAGCACAACCACAAAUUACCUGAUAGAACUAAUUGACAGAGUUGAUGACAUCUAUCGGAAUACUUCAUGGGACAAUGCAGGCUUUAAAGGUUAUGGAAUACAGAUAGAACAGAUUCGCAUUCUCAAGUCUCCACAAGAGGUAAGACCUGGUGAAAAGCACUAUAAUAUGGCAAAAAGUUAUCCAAAUGAAGAAAAGGAUGCUUGGGAUGUGAAGAUGUUGCUAGAGCAAUUUAGCUUUGAUAUAGCUGAGGAAGCAUCUAAAGUCUGCCUGGCACAUCUUUUCACAUAUCAAGAUUUUGAUAUGGGAACUCUUGGAUUAGCUUAUGUUGGUUCUCCCAGAGCAAACAGUCACGGAGGUGUUUGUCCAAAGGCUUAUUAUAGUCCAGUGGGGAAGAAAAAUAUCUAUUUGAAUAGUGGUUUGACCAGCACAAAAAAUUAUGGUAAAACCAUCCUUACAAAGGAAGCUGACCUGGUUACAACUCAUGAAUUGGGACACAAUUUUGGAGCAGAACAUGAUCCAGAUGGUCUAGCAGAAUGUGCCCCCAAUGAGGACCAGGGAGGAAAAUACGUUAUGUAUCCCAUAGCUGUGAGUGGUGAUCAUGAGAAUAAUAAGAUGUUUUCAAACUGCAGUAAACAGUCAAUCUAUAAGACCAUUGAAAGUAAGGCCCAGGAAUGUUUUCAAGAACGCAGCAACAAGGUGUGUGGGAACUCUAGGGUGGACGAAGGAGAAGAGUGUGAUCCUGGCAUCAUGUACCUGAACAAUGACACUUGCUGCAACAGCAACUGCACAUUGAAACAAGGUGUCCAGUGCAGUGAUAGGAACAGUCCUUGCUGUAAAAACUGUCAGUUUGAGACUGCCCAGAAGAAGUGCCAGGAGGCUAUUAAUGCUACUUGCAAAGGCGUGUCUUACUGCACAGGUAAUAGCAGUGAGUGCCCUGCUCCGGGAAAUGCUGAAGAUGACACGGUUUGCCUGGAUCUCGGCAAGUGUAAGGAUGGGAAAUGCAUCCCCUUCUGCGAGAGGGAGCAGCAGCUGGAGUCGUGUGCGUGUAAUGAAACUGACAAUUCGUGCAAGGUGUGCUGCAGGGACCCCUCGGGCCGCUGUGUGCCUUAUGUCGACGCUGAACAGAAGAACUUAUUUUUGAGGAAAGGAAAGCCCUGUACAGUAGGAUUUUGUGACAUGAACGGAAAAUGUGAGAAACGAGUUCAGGAUGUAAUAGAGCGAUUAUGGGAUUUCAUUGAUCAGCUGAGCAUCAAUACUUUUGGGAAGUUCUUAGCAGACAACAUUGUAGGGUCCGUCCUGGUUUUCUCGUUGAUAUUUUGGAUUCCUUUCAGCAUUCUCGUCCAUUGUGUGGAUAAGAAAUUGGAUAAGCAAUAUGAAUCUCUGUCGCUGUUUCACCCCAGUAAUGUCGAAAUGCUAAGCAGCAUGGAUUCAGCAUCAGUUCGAAUUAUCAAACCCUUCCCUGCACCCCAGACUCCAGGGCGCCUGCAGCUGCUGCAGCCCACUCCUGUGAUACCUCCGGUGCCUGCAGCUCCGAAACUGGACCACCAGAGAAUGGACACCAUCCAGGAAGACCCCAGCACGGACUCACAUAUGGACGAGGAUGGCUUUGAGAAGGACCCCUUUCCCAGUAGCAGCACAGCUGCCAAGUCGUUUGAGGAUCUCACAGACCAUCCAGUCACCAGAAGUGAAAAGGCCGCGUCCUUUAAACUGCAGCGUCAGAAUCGUGUUGACAGCAAAGAAACAGAGUGCUAGUUUAGGAAUUCACUUUCUAAGCUCUUUGACUUAAGUGUGCAAAAUAUUUUUUACAGAUUUGACCUAAAAUCAGAGCAUAUAUUUUGUGAAGAAUUGGGGGAAAUGAGGAAGUGACUUAGCAGAUGCUGGUCAUGUGUUUGAACUUCCUUCUCAUAAACAAUACUCAUGUGGAUAGGUCCUUUUCCUUUUGAAGAGGUAAGGUGAAUCUAGCUUACUUUGAGGCUUUCAGGUUUUAGUUUUUUUGAUCUUUAAAAUAUCCUUCAACCUGUGGUGCAAAAGGAGAAAAUAUAGCUGGAUUAGGUUAUGAACUUCUACAUUUUUGUAAAUUAACUUUUUAUAUUAAUAACAGCACUGAUUAGGGAGGUGAUCAAUUUUUCUUUUUUAUACACUGUAAUGAUCCGCUGAAUAUAAAGAGGCAUUUAGCAGUUAUUUGUGAGGACAACUGGAACAUAGAUUUAUUUAUUUAUUUGCCUUCAAGUAAAGACAAAGUAGUGAGAGAAACCUAGUUAUAUAUUAUCUCCAAAACGUGGGUCUGUUUCUAGGUAUUACCCAGAGCUUUUAGCAGCAGGGAGCAUUAUACAAGUAAACUUAGAAAUUAUUUGGGUUAAUAUGUUUCUUCAUAAUCCUAAGGCUAGUACUUUCUAGAAUUAAACAAUCUAGAUUCUAGUAAAGGUUACAAAUAGUAGCCAGUUGAACUUAUAGAAUCCUGCUAACUGUUCAGGGCCCCAAUUUGCUGGGCAGUUUUUCUGUGCUUUUAAUUUAAGUAUCUUCAUAUAUGCCUAAUACUGUUGCUAUGCUCUUAAAAAGUUCUCUAUCCACAGAACGUAAACUACUUCAAAGUAUAAGAAAGAGGUAUGGUUGCCUGUUUUCAAAAGCUAGUGGAUAAGAAGGUGAGAUAUUUCUUACCAAAAGAAGAGGUCAUUCUGAGUAGGCAGAUGGGCUGGUCAGGACGGGGAGUGGUGCCUGCCUUUGGGGCUGGGGAUGAGCCCUAGACGAACUGACACUUCAGAAACCCUUUGUAUUGGCCCACAGUGGGUAUUUGUAUUCUUGCUUUGGUGCUUCAGGAUUCUGGAUGAUCUACAUUUAUUGUGUGAAGGAUAAAAAUCAUCAGCCUAAAUAAUGAUUUCCAUAAAAUUAUAGUUAAAAGCUUUUUUUUCUGCCUAAGAACUGUAAUGUGCUCACCAGCCAACACAUUUUAACUGAGGUAACUUGUAAACUUUCAGGGCAAUUAACCAAACCUGUGACAAAUCAUGCCUCCCCCCCCCCGCCCCCCCAGGAUGUUUGUUACGCGGAUACUCAUUACACUAAUACUUGAACUUGUACCUUAUGGUAUUUGCUAUCUUUUAACUAGUCACGAUAUUCUUAUAUGUUAGUUACACUUCCAGAAUUUGAUAUAAGGUGAGUGGGGUGUGUGGGUGUAUGUAUGAAAGUGAAACAGUUCUCAGAAUGUAAGAAAACCAUUUUUUAUAAAAUUGUGACUUUUUAAAAAAAACAAGCUUGUCAUUACAUUUUUUGCCAUUUUUACAAUUAAGCUGCUCAGGGUAUAUUUUGUAGCUGUGGCACUGAUGAUACAUGCAUCAAU